AUGAUCAAAGUCUUCUCGUCCAUUCGCUCAACUUACCGCGCUGUCAGUGUUGCGAUUGAUGGCGAACACAUUUCCAAUGACAUGCGACGCAGCCUUGAGCUUGUGCGCACAUGUAACCAAGACCUACAGGAGCUCAUAACGCUCCGCAACGAGCACCUCCAUCUACUUGAGAAGCAGCCUCGUUCGCUUGAGCGUCUCAACUCAAUCAUCGAAAAAGUACAUAAUGGCCUUUUGGACGCUUCUCGCAUUGUGGAGAAAUAUCGGCCAGAGUUACACUCUGGUAAGAAAUCGCUGCAAACCCAGAUAGCAUGGGCACAUCGCGACUCUCAAGAGUUUCAAGCCUUGGGGCCAACAAUGAGUCAGCAUAAUGCAACGAUUCUAGCGGAGAUUAGCUUCCUCAGAAGUCUUACCAUCCUCACUGCGCAAAGCGAGCCCGAGAAGACAAAGGAGAGUAUUGGCUCAGAUGACAAGACUGUAUUUAAUAACAUGGAGCUUCUAGAAGACUUCAUGGGCAAUGUAUUAGGUUCCCGAGAUCUGCCUCCAGCAUCACCACCUAUACCACCUCCACCACCUCCACCGCCAGCAAUCAAAGUCAACGCAAGGGCAAGCAUGCCCAACUUAUUAAUAAAUCAAGAGUACUGUGAUCUGCCGGAGCCUGUUAUUCCAAACAUAAUUCCUCAUCAGCAACCAACCACCACUUCACUAGCAUCUGAACAAGCAUCAUCCCUCUGGACACUGGGCGGGCAGACACUUGACGAUGGGAACCAACGCAACAGCCGAAUUGUCUUGAAUCAAGCCGAUCAUUCAGGAUUGUCUCUAUUAUUCGCCGAUGAGCUGGACCUAAGCUUUGACUUGUCGUCCAAGGUCCAGCCUCAACACUCUGGAGCACAGUCAAGCAGCUCGAUGCAUAAGUCAUCCAUGCCAUCGUUCUCAUCAUCUUCAGCCAAUGGGGGAACUGUUAAUUCCACACCUUCGACCAAAUAUUCUCUUACUUCCAAACCAUCUACUUUGUCCAUUGGUUCAAUGGGAACGUUCAAUCAGCAAAGUCCACAGCUUUCUACGAAUCGGCCGCAUUUAUUUUCACUCUCAGCAUCACCACCUACCAACACAACACAAUUAGCAUCAUUAUCAAUAACUUCUUUAACAUCAGAAAUUCAGCAAGAUACCCGAUCGAGGCCGCCAGCCAUACCGUUUGUGGAGCGUUAUGCGAAUGUGACCAAUCAUUCCGAUCAUCAGAACCUGCGACACCCUCCAUGGCGGCCAUACAACGAUGCGAAUGUUUAUGAGUUGCAAGGAUCAGACGCAUCUCCCGCGGUGCUUCCAUUUACCCAAUCAACUACGUCCCCAGCAAAUAGAUCAAAUACUCAGUAG